UUCUGUAAUCUCUAUAUGCUAUUUGCAUUAUACAUCAUCUUAAUCUCUUAUCAAUUUCGCAAAACUUUCUGCCUACGCAUUUGUGAAAUUUGCUCGUCAGAGAUUUUAGCUUAAAAAAUUACCAAUGAAAUUGGCAGCGAACUUAAAUUUUUUAUUCACUGAGGGAGGAAAAUGUAUUGCCGAAAGAAUUCGUUUGGCACACAAAGCAGGUUUUCGAGCAGUGGAGAUACCUUACCCAAAGUCUGAACUUAAAGAUGUAAUACAAGCAAAAGAAGAAACCGGUAUAAAAAUAUGUCUUAUUAAUAUUGAUCUCGGAGACUCCAAAUUUGGCAGUGCCAGUGUACCUAAUGCUCAAGAAAUUUUUAAAGGUCAACUGAAGGAAACUAUAUGUUUUGCUAAAGAUGUCGAUUGCAAUAAGAUUCAUAUAAUGGCUGGCCUCAUUGAAGGAGCUGAAAAUGAACAUCUGACCACCUAUAAAAACAAUUUAAAAUAUUCAUCAAACAUUUUGGAAAAAGAGGACAUAUUAGGCUUGAUUGAACCGAUUAAUAAAUAUGCUUUGCCAUCAUAUUUCAUGAAUUCGUACGAUACAGCUUGCAGCAUUAUAAGAGAAAUAAACAGCAAUCAUCUCAGAUUAAUGGUGGAUAUAUAUCAUUUGCAACAUAUAACGGGUAAUAUAUCCAACUCCUUCAAGAGUUUUAAAGACAUAAUCGGACAUAUACAAAUUGCGCAAGUACCUCAUCGUCACGAACCUGACGUAUCCGGCGAGCUAGACUUUUCUUAUAUUUUUGAUGUUAUUAAAUUGUCUGGCUAUGACGACUGGAUUGGUUGCGAAUAUAAACCCAAGACGAAUACAUUGGAUGGAUUAAAGUGGGUUCAAAAAUAUCAGUUAAAUUUAUAAAAGGGUAAAUGGAAAGCCCACUGUACGCUGUGUGCUGUAAUUACAAAUAAAGCGUAGGGAAGAAAGCAUACAUGUAUGUAUGCAUGAUCCGUCAUUUUAAGAAGUGCAUUUUUAACACAGUUUUCUUGUAUUGGUUGAUAUUCAUAUUAUUUUUCUACAAUAUAUCCAUGGAAUUAUAAAAUACCAGUAAUUUUUUUCCUUAAAAAAAUGAAGUUUUCAUAAACAGUUUAAAGCAGUGCUAAAAACAAUGAAAAAAUGCUUAGCAAUGUUUUCUUCAAAUGCUAUAUACAUAUAUUAUUUUCACUCUUUUCUGUAUAUUUUACUAAAUACAUAAAAUACAUAAAUCAAGUUUUAAAAUAAUGUUUUUCCGUUUGUACGUAUAUAUAAGUACAUAUUAAUUUUAUUUUUAAAAUUACAUGCUUUUAUUUUUCAAUGCUUGAUGCCAGCUUAAAAAAAAAUAUCUUCACUCGUUUAAUGGAAUUCUCGAAAAAUAGCAAGUAUAAUCGAAUUCGAAAUAAAGUUGUGUUUUCUGUAGUUUUGCUGUUACUAUACGUCUAAAUACCUGUUUGUUUGCAUAUAAGCUACGGUUUCUCAUAAAUACAAUAUGUAUGUAUUUAUGUUAGUUCGUUAUUGAAAUUGCUCAUGCAAGUUUUAUUAUUGUUAAUAACACACAUUUUAAUUUUUGCUUUGUUUUUUUGUUUUUGUUUUCAAU